AUGCCCGUCGCCGGCUCCGAGCUGCCGUGCCCGACGUCGCCGCCCGCCGCGCAGGAGCAGGGCGCCGAGUCGCGGCCGCCGCCGCCGCACGGGGAGCUGCAGUACUUGGGGCAGAUCGAGCACAUCCUCCGCUGCGGCUUUCGGAAGGAUGACCGCACGGGCACCGGCACCCUGUCGGUGUUCGGCAUGCAGGCGCGCUACAGCCUGAGAGAUGAAUUUCCUCUGCUGACAACCAAACGUGUUUUCUGGAAGGGUGUUUUGGAGGAGUUGCUGUGGUUUAUCAAGGGAUCCACAAACGCUAAGGAGCUGUCUUCCAAGGGAGUGAAAAUCUGGGAUGCCAAUGGGUCCCGAGACUUCUUGGACAGCCUGGGAUUCUCCAGAGCAGAAGGGGAUUUAGGCCCAGUUUAUGGCUUUCAGUGGAGGCAUUUUGGGGCCGAAUACAAAGAUAUGGAUUCAGAUUAUUCAGAUCAAGGAGUAGAUCAACUGCAAAAAGUGAUCGACACAAUCAAAACCAACCCUGAUGACAGAAGAAUCAUCCUAUGUGCUUGGAAUCCAAAAGAUCUCCCUCUCAUGGCCCUACCCCCGUGCCACGCCCUUUGCCAGUUCUACGUGGUGAACGGUGAGCUGUCCUGCCAGCUGUACCAGAGGUCAGGAGACAUGGGCCUGGGUGUGCCCUUCAACAUCGCCAGCUAUGCCCUGCUCACCUACAUGAUUGCACACAUCACGGGCCUGAAGCCGGGUGACUUUGUACACACUUUGGGAGAUGCACACAUUUACCUGAAUCACAUUGAGCCACUGAAAAUUCAGCUUCAGCGAGAACCAAGGCCUUUCCCCAAGCUCAAAAUCCUUCGAAAAGUUGAGAAAAUUGAUGACUUCAAGGCUGAAGACUUUCAGAUUGAAGGCUACAAUCCUCACCCGACUAUUAAAAUGGCAAUGGCUGUUUAGAGUGCUUUUGAAGGAGUUGUUUGAAGGAUAUUUACACGUAGGUGAAAGUUCAUUUUGCUCUAAAGGAGAAGGAACUAGGUCAAAACCUGUUGGUGAUCUAUCAGUUAUUAUUCAUUAACUUUUAAGGAUGUUGCCACUGGCAAAUAGAACUGUGCUGGUUCUCUUAGUAAUAAAAGACCUGGAGUUAGGAUAAUUCACUGAGGAUGCAUGUCCACGUAGAGAUUGUGAAUAAAGACAGGAAAGAGAAAAUUUAUAUACUCUUAAUUCAAACUUCAUAAUGUUUUUAUGAAAAUGGUCAGUGAAUUUCAAGAAUUAUGUAUAACUAUCGCCCCAGAUUGGAGCCAGCUGGAUAACACCGUCAGUCGUGAUAAUGCCUAGUGUGGUUAUGAACAGAGAAAGUUAUAUUUGUUUUAUAUCUUGCUGUAAUGUUCUGCAUUCAUGUUUUUUUUUUUUAAUUCCAUGUUGCCAUUUAUCUGCUCAGUUCCUGCCUAAAACAGAUUUAACUGAACCCUCCUAAACAAACAUACCUAUGCUGUGUUCU